ACGUGAUUGAGCGGUCAGUGUUUGCUCUGAGCUCGCGCUACGCUUUCUUCCGGUUUCGUUGUGCGGUUUCGUUCCGCUUUUGCCGUUUAAAUGCUUCUCAUUCACAACAGAAAUGACAGCGAUUAUCUGGCACCCGUGCGAUCGCUAACAAACUUCAGUCUCACCGUUAGAGAGAAAAAAAAAAAGAAAAAAGAAAAAGCAAAAUGCGACCGACUAGUCACAGUCUGGAGUCCUGCCUUUUCCAAAUAACUUGUCAAACUGGUUUAAUAUCUACUCUGACAUCGACUUGUGGAGCUUAGUUUUAGCAAAACAAAACACAGGACCGAACUACACUUAAAAAGCUUUUUCUAAACUAACUGGUUGUAAGUAAAACCUUAUUUAUAUUCUUAGUGUAGUUAAUACGGGUACUUGAGUAACAGAUAGGCUAUUUAAAGAUACAUUUGGCCUUAUAGCUUGUACGAUGAAAUUGAACAUAACACCCAUCUUGCUCUUCACACUGAUUCUGUCAUUUCACACCGUACAAGGAGAAGCUUCUGAUGAAGAUGAAGUGCGGAUCCUGGUCGUGGGAGUCAGAGGUCAGUCCAGAUUCGUCGCUGCAGAUCUUCUGUCAGGAAGGAAAGACGGUGGACAGGAGGACAGAGAGAUUGUAAAGACUCCAGUAAUUACAGACGAGGCUCGUAGAAUGAUGCUGGUCACUGGACCAAACCUCUGUGAGGAGGACACAGCGAGACAGACCUUCACAACAGCGCUGUUUCUCUCGUCUCCUGGACCUCACGCCGUUUUAAUGGUCCUGAAUCUGGAAGAUCAACAAUCACAACAGUGUGAUAUUGAGAAACGAGCCCAGGAGCUGCUGGGAGCAGAAGUCCUGCAGUACUGCAUUGUUCUUCUGCUCCAAAAUCAGCAGGAACCUUUCACAGGAGCGUCCAGAGGGAUUGCUGGAGAAGUGAUCAACGCUUGUGGAGGAAGAUUUCACAUGUUAAGAGUCUCUGAACCAGAAGCUGCUCAAAGAGCAGCUCUCAUAGAAGAAAUAGACAAGUUAGCUUGGCUCAAUGAUCACAGAUUUUACUCAGUAUUGAGACAAGAGUUAGAAACAGAAGAGACCAGUCAAGACGUGCAUGAACAAAAUCAGAUGCUCUCUGAAAAACAUGACAAUUCAGCAGAAACUGCACGAUGGAUUUUACUAAUUUUACUGAACACUGCUUUUAUUUUCACUAAAAUAACGCAUGAACAUUUCCAUUUUGCAGAAAUACUAUUUGUACUCGUCAGUUUUACGGUCGUUAUAAGAAACACUCUCAAUCCAGAUGUUGCCGUUCCUUUAAAUCUGAUCCUAUCCUCCACUUUCACAGUAGCCGCUGCAUAUCAUGACUUUGCAAAUUCACGACACGGACACCAAAUCAUAAUGUUUUUAGUCAUGAUCUUUACAUUUCCCAGUAUAGUGUUCAUAGCAGGUCUAGGACUGACUGUAGGAGCAGCUCUCAGUAUACGGACGUGGUCAGAUGUGCUCAUAGCGUGCCAUGCUGCUCCCGGAGUCACAUUCGGGGCUCAUUUAUACACUAUAUACUCCAUUAUACCAGAUCAAAUGCAAACUCGGACAACUCUUGUCUUUACAUUUAAGUUAUUCCUGUUUUGUUUUGUUGGAGUGACGCUCUCAAUGGGGUCUGUGACUGUAUUUGCACUGUUUGGUGUGGAGAGAACAAUAUUUCUACUAAUAUUAGGAUUUACAAAAGCGUUUUUCCAUUUAAAGGGUGAUGCUGUGAAAUUUGUUGUUUAUUUCCUGAUUUUUCCAUGCUGUUGUGUAUUUAUUGGUUCUUUAAUUUCAUUUUUAUGCUGUAUAUCAUUUGAUUAUAUUUUUACAGUAAUUCAAAGCCAAUAAUAGUGACUAAAAUCAAAAGACGCUACAGAUUUUGGAUCAUAAGUUAGCGCUGACUUUGAUUUUAGGGUUAUGUUAAUAUUUCAAACACACCGAUGUUCCUUCAAUGAAGGAUACUUUUGAGGUACCUGUGUACUUUCAGGAAAUAAUUCUCUCUUACAACUCACCAUUUUAUUUAAUUUGUUCACUAACGAGCGUUUAACAUCGGGUACACGGACAUCAUAGUAAAAUCUUCAAUAUUUACUGUGCAAUAUCAUUUCGACUACAUUUUAAAUGAUGUAUUGUGUUUAUCAGUGUUAUGUGGUGAAUUUUUUUUUUUUUACUGGAAUAAAAUGGCUAUUUUCAUAGUUUGAAUUUUAUGUAUGCAAAUACACAUUAAAAAUAUUUUGACACUUUAUACAUAAUUUUGCAUAAAUAAAACAGAAAUUUC